AUGGCCGUUGGAGACAACCCCCCACAGCAGCAGCAGCAGCAACAGCAGCAGCAGCAGCAACAGCAGCAGCAGCAACGACAGCAGCAGCAGCAACAACAGCAACAGCAGCAACAACAGCAGCAACAGCAGCAACAACAGCAGCAACAGCAACACCAGCAACAGCAGCAGCAACAACAGCAACAGCAGCAGCACCAACAGCAACAGCAGCAACAGCAGCAGCAGCCUCAACAGCAACAGCAGCAGCAGCAGCAGCAGCAGUCCGAGAAUGAGCCAGAGCAGCAGCAGCAGCAGCAGCAGCAGCAGCAGCAGCAGCGGGCUGGCAUCCCGCUGGUCUGUUCCACCGCCGUGGCGCUUUCAUAUCUUUUUAAUUUGAAAGUUCCUUUUCUCUUCGACAGAAAAGAAGAAAAGCAACACGGAGAGGGCGGCGCCUUCAUUGGAGCCACGGAGCUGCUGCUGCCAAGCAGCAGCAGCAGCAGCAGCAGCAGCAGCAGCAGCAGCAGCAGCAGCAGCAGCGGCAGCAGCGGCAGCGGCAGCGGAGCCGGCGAAGCAGGCCAAACCGAGCCCCAGCAGCAGCAGCAGCAGCCCCAGCAGCCCCAGCAGCAGCAGCAGCAGCCCCAGCAGCCCCAGCAGCAGCAGCAGCAGCAGCAGCAGCAGCAGCAGCAGCAGCAAAAGGAGGUUCGUGUGGUGUUAUUGGAUGAUGUUUUGACUUCCGGAACUGCUUUAAGAGCUUCCAUUAAAAAGAUAAAAAGUGCAGCAGCAAAUUGUUCUGUUGCUGCUGCUGUUGUGCUGCUGGACAGAGAAGAAGUGGCGGAGGCUGCAGCAGCAGCUGCAGCAGCAGCUGCAGCAGCAGCUGCAGCAGCAGCUGCAGCAGCAGCUGCAGCAGCAGCUGCAGCAGCAUCAGCAGAUGAUCUGGGAGCAGCAGCAGCACCAGCAGCUGCUGCAGCAUCUGCAGCCUCAGCAACUGAGGCGGCAGCAGCGGCAGCAUCAGCAGCAACUGCUGCAUCAGAUGCAGCAGCAGCUGCAGCACCGGCAGCUGCAGCAGCAGCAGCAGUUGCUGAUGCUGCAGCGAGCGUUGGAGCAGCAGCAGGUGUAGCCGUAGCAUCUACUACAGCAGCAACAGCAGCUGCAGCAGCAACAGCAGCUGCAGCAGCAACAGCAGCAGCAGCUGCAGCAGCAGCAGCAGCUGCAGCAGCAGCAGCAGUAAGCGUAGCAGCAGUAUCUACUGCAGCGGCAACAGCAGCUGCCGCAGCGGCAGCAGAAGCUGUAGCAGCAGCAUCUGCUGCAGCAGCUGUAGCAGCAGCAUCUACCGCAGCAGCAGCAGCAUCUGCUGCAGCAGCUGUAGCAGCAGCAUCUACCGCAGCAGCAACAGCAGCAGCAUCUGCUGCAGCAGCUGUAGCAGCAGCAGCUGUAGCAGCAGCAUCUACCGCAGCUGCUGUAGCAGCAGCAGCAGCAGCAGUAGCAACAGCAGCUGUGGCAGCAGCAACAGCAGCUGUGGCAGCAGCAGCAGCGGCUGUGGCAGCAGCAGCAGCAGCUGCGUGGGGGUUUUGUUUGCAGCAACUGCUUCUGUCGAAAGUCUGGUCUUUGGUUGGGGACAUUCAUGGCCAGUACUAUGACUUGCUGAAACUCUUAGAUGUUGGCGGCGACCCCGACACAACCCAGUACUUGUUUCUGGGGGACUACGUGGACCGGGGCAGCUUCUCCAUCGAGGUUUUGCUGCUGCUCUUCGCCCUGAAGCUAAACCACCCUUUUAGGGUUUGGCUCCUGCGGGGAAACCACGAGUGCAGACAAAUGACAUGUUUUUUUAACUUCCGAGACGAGUGCGAGUGCAAGUUCGACAUGGAGGUUUACUACGCCUUCAUGGAGAGCUUCGACUCGCUGCCACUCGCGGCAGUCAUCAACGGCAAGUUCCUUGCACUUCAUGGGGGUCUCAGCCCGGAGCUCAAGGUGCUGAGCCAAAUAGGAGGCAUCAACAGAUUCCAGGAACCCCCAAGAGGAGGUUUAUUUUGCGACUUGCUUUGGGCGGAUCCUCUCGACGAAGCAAAAGAAGACGCAGACGCUCAGCUGGCGCAAAGCGUCGACGGCGCGUUCAUCCCCAACGACGUGCGCGGCUGCUCCUUUUUCUUCGCCUAUUCCGCCGCGAGUUCCUUUUUAGAUCGAAAUGGACUUUUGUCGAUUUUGAGGGCCCACGAGGCGCAGCUCGAGGGGUACAAGAUGCACCAGACAAACCUCAAAACAGGGUUUCCGACGGUCAUUACAAUAUUUUCGGCGCCGAAUUACUGCGACGUGUACAACAACAAAGGGGCAGUCCUUAAGGUUUCCAGCAAAGAAGACCUGCUGCAAAACUUCAAGGACUAUUUUUGCUUCCCCAGCGAUGGCGGUAGCAGCACAAGCAGCAACUACAGCAGCAGCAGCAGCAGCAGCAGCAGCAGCAACCGCAGCGGCAGCAGCAGCAAGAGCAGCAACACGACCAGCACCAGCAGCAGCAACACGACCAGCAGCAGCAGCAGCAUUACGGCCAGCAGCAGCAGCAGCAACACGACUAGAAGCAGCAGCAGCAACCCGGCCAGCAGCAGCAGCAACACGACCAGCGGCAGCAGCAACACGACCAGCAGCAGCAACAGCAGCAACACGACCAGCAGCAGCAGCGGCAACACGACCAGCAGCAGCAGCAGCAGCAACACGACCAGCAGCAGCAGCAGCAGCAACACGACCAGCAGCAGCAGCACCAGAAACACGACCAGCAGCAGCAACACGACCAGCAGCAGCAACACGACCAGCGGCAGCAGCAGCAGCAGCACCAACACCAGCAGCAGCAGCAGCAGCAGCAGCAGCAGCAGCAGCAGCAGCAGCAGCAGCAGCAGCAAUUGGUGUUUGUGUGCGCAGAACAACACUUUAAACAUUCAGCAGUUUAACUACAGCCCUCACCCUUACCACUUGCCGAACUUUAUGGACAUCUUCACUUGGUCUAUUCCCUUCGUCUCCGAAAAAGUCACUGAAAUGCUGUACGGCAUUUUAAACCCUUCACUGGAAGAGGGAGAAGAAGACGAAGAGAUCGACAAUGUAGUAAAGAUAAUGCGUGCGAACAUCGUGCUCGCGGAAGAGGGAACAGCCCCCAGAAGUCGGCCUCCUAGCGCUGGCACUCCAAUAAGUCGGGAGCGCGCUGAGGCCUUGCGACGCAAAGUGCAGUCGGUGGGGCGGCUAAUGAGAGUCUUCAAAACCAUCAGGGAAGAAAACGAGUUGAUAAUGCAGCUCAAAGGCUGCACCCCUGGGGAUCGGAUCCCAGUGGGCCUUUUGAUUCAGGGCCGCGAAGGACUUGAAAACGAGCUCGAGAAGUUCCAAAACGCAAAACAAUAG